CGGGUAAAUACAUUUUUCUUUUGCAUAAUUUUGGUUAAAAAUUCGUUCCAAGGUCAGCAACUCUGACCAUAAUGAACUACGGGGCAAUACUGACUGAAUGACCGAAACGAAGAUCCAGACUAAGGGCCCCAUGUCUUCUUCCACCGGCGGCGAACUCUCCCUCCUCACCUGAAAGCCUACAAUCCGACGACACAUCAAAUCAAAACCUCUCUUCUCUGCGACAAUGGCUGCUAAACGCAGUUUUGCCUCCCUUUCUCUGUCGCCCUCCCAUUCUUGUCGAACUCCCCGCCAUCAUUCCAAUCAAAUUUCAUCGAAGCAGCUAUACUUAUUUUUCAAUUCUCGGCCCCAAUGCGCGAGGCUCGUUUCCAUUCGUGCCGUAAUUCCCAACUCCGACUCCGUGAAUACCGGCUCGAGUGAAGCUGGAACCGGAUCUGAGUCAGGAAGCCCAACCUCUUUGAGUUAUGAUUCCAACGGUGCCGGAGCUUUGCCUUCUCCUUCUAAUUCCAUUGAUUUUCUUACGCUGUGCCAUAGCCUCAAGACUACAAAAAGGAAAGGAUGGAUAAAUCAUGGGAUCCAAGGUCCUGAGUCCAUUGCUGAUCACAUGUACCGCAUGGCCCUAAUGUCUUUGAUUGCUGGCGAUCUUCCUGGAGUCAACAGGGAAAGGUGUAUUAAAAUAGCCAUUAUUCAUGAUAUUGCAGAAGCAAUUGUUGGAGAUAUAACUCCAUCUGAUGGUGUGCCUAAGGAAGAAAAAAGCAGAAGAGAGCAAGCUGCACUGAAUGAAAUGUGCAAAGUUCUUGGUGGAGGAAUGAGAGCUGAAGAGAUUCAGGAACUCUGGGCUGAAUAUGAAAACAAUGCUUCCUUAGAGGCCAAUCUUGUAAAAGAUUUUGAUAAGGUCGAAUUGAUUCUGCAGGCACUGGAAUAUGAAAUUGAACAUGGGAAAGAACUCGAUGAAUUCUUCCUCUCAAUUGCAGGGAAAAUUCAAACUGAAAUAGGAAAAAGUUGGGCAGCUGAGAUCCAUUCUAGACGAAAUGCAAGACUGACCAAAGGGCAGAACUGAUUCUCUGCUCCAUUCAUUGUAGAGCUUUUUGUGGACAUAAUUUCCCUUUCUUUUGGGGAUCUUCUUACCCUUGGCCCAUUUUACCCCUUUCACCAUGAUUUUUUGCUAUACAAUACUCCGUAUAAGGGUAAGGGGAUACAUUUUUAUUGGACAUCUCAUGCAAAAAUUAUUCUGCUACUGUCCUUCAUAAUAUCUACCCCGGAUACAGAAUAUAAUCACACACUUUCCCUACUUUUUCAGGGUUCUGUACACACACUUGGUUAUAGGUAAUAUAUUCUUGCAAUAAACUUUAUUGAGUUUGGUAUUUAAGCAACUGUUGUUUGCCCGAAAGGCUGUAUUUGCUGAAAGGAAAAGUGUUUGGUAAUGUCCAUUUCAACAAUCCAUUACCCGUAGUUCAAUUUUUAGCUCGAC